UGGUCGAGACCGCGGCUCCGAGGACACUGCCCCGGCAAGGCGGAGCCGCGAGGGCCCGCGGGUCUUUCGGCGGUCCCAGUAGCCCCAGCGCAAGUGACCUGGACGCCAGCUGCCUCCGGCCCUCACCAUGACCCAGCCAGUGCCCCGAAUCUCUGUGCCCGCCGCGCUGGCCCUGGGCUCGGCCGCAUUGGGCGCUGCCUUCGCCAGCGGCCUCUUCCUGGGGAGAUGGUUCCCUCCUUGGCGAUCCCGGCGAGAGAAGGGCCUGCUGCCCCCUGAGGACAGCCCCCUGUGGCAGUAUCUGCUGAGCCGUUCCAUGCGGGAGCACCCGGCGCUGCGGAGCCUGCGACUGCUGACCCUGGAGCAGCCGCAGGGGGAUUCCAUGAUGACCCGUGAGCAGGCCCAGCUCUUGGCCAACCUGGCUCGCCUCAUCAAGGCUAAGAAGGCACUGGACCUGGGCACUUUCACAGGCUACUCAGCCCUAGCGUUGGCCUUGGCCCUUCCCCCCGCCGGGUGCGUGGUGACCUGCGAGGUGGACGCAGGGCCCCCCGAGCUGGGGCGUCCCCUGUGGAGGCAGGCUGAAGAGGAGCACAAAAUCGACCUUCGGUUGAAGCCCGCCCUGGAGACCCUGGACGAGCUCCUGGCCGCGGGCGAGGCCGGCACCUUCGACGUCGCCGUGGUGGACGCCGAUAAGGAAAACUACACCGCCUACUAUGAGCGGUGUCUGCAGCUGCUGCGACCCGGAGGUGUCCUCGCUGUGCUCGGUGUCCUGUGUCAGGGAGAGGUGUUGCAGCCUAAACCACAGGACAAGGCGGCCCAGCGUGUACGAAACCUGAACGAGCGCAUUCUGCGGGAUGCCAGGGUCCACAUCAGCCUCCUGCCCCUGGGCGACGGCCUCACCUUAGCCUUCAAGAUCUAGGGCUGGCCCCUAGUGAGUGGCAUCAAGGGAGGGGCCCUGGGAACCCCAGCCAUUCCGCGCCUGCUUUGAAUCUGACAAUAAAGUGAGGCCUGGGACACGA